AUGGCGGUGUCCGCUGUAGUCCGGACGAGCACGGCGCUGACUUUGAGUUUUAACCGUGUUCUGCCGUCGUGCAGCGCGUGUCCGCUGAACAGACUGAAGAGAUGUGUGAACAGCAGAGCUAACCUGCAAAGGAGACGCUCGUUCGACAGUUUCCGGACCUUAAACCGACAUUUACAGACGAGCAUGUGUCUUUACCAGGGUGAUGAAAGCAGCUCGCAUGCAGAGGACCCAGAAGAUGUGGUCAACGUGGUGUUUAUAGAUCGGUCCGGACAGAGGAUCCCAGUUAAGGCCAAAGUAGGAGAUAACGUUCUGUUUCUGGCUCACAAACAUGGAAUUGACCUGGAAGGAGCCUGCGAGGCGUCGCUGGCCUGCUCCACGUGCCACGUCUACGUGAGCGCUGCUCAUUUCGACAAGCUGCCAGAACCUGAGGAGAGGGAGGACGACAUGCUCGACAUGGCGCCCAUGCUCCAGGAGAACUCCCGGCUGGGAUGCCAGAUCAUCCUCACUCGGGAGCUCGACGGCAUUGAGCUCACCCUGCCCAAAGUCACCAGGAACUUCUAUGUGGACGGCCACGUUCCUAAACCUCACUGAACCGAGCUGCCGAUGACCAGGAGGGAGCAAAGGCCCUCGGGGUGUGAAUGAGACUCGGCAUGUGCCGGUUCAGAGGUGCCUGGAUGGAUUCGCAGCUAGGACAGCAUCGUCUGUAGCAUCUCCCCAGACGUUUCCAUGGUUACCUACUGUCAGGACGGAGCUGCAGAUGAGCCGAGCACCAGAGUCUCACUGAACUCGUUAUGUUGAGCGAUAAUGCAUUUAUUUAAACGGCGUGUUCUCAGGCCACCCUUAGGGCACCAGGCGGCAUCACAAACUGCUCACAGAGCAGCGGUCAGUGAACGCAACAUUCCUUGUUACAGCUUAUAUACGCACAGGUAUCACAAGAUGGUCAUCGUUUGCACCAGUCUCGUCCUCACUCCCGUUUCAUUCGCCUACAUGGUGUCACGUUUAUUGUUGGUUUAUAAAUGCAGCGUCAGAAGGUUGUGGCUACAGAACCGACAGAAAAGCUGUUUUUGUCAUGAAGUGACUGAUGCUUCUUGAAGGUGGGCCGUUUACAGC